CAGCUCAACAUCGCGAACCCGCAGACCGGGGCGCAGAAGAAGAUCGAGAUCGUCGAUGAGAACAAGCUCCGAUGCUUCUACGAUAAGCGCAUCUCCGCGGAGGUGGAGGGCGAUGAACUCGGUGAUGAAUGGAAAGGCUACAUCUUUAAGAUCAUGGGUGGCAACGACAAGCAAGGGUUUGGGAUGAAGCAAGGCGUGUUGACGAACCAACGCGUGUUCUUGCUCAUGUCUCAGGGCACGAGUGGUUUCCGUGGGAACGGUCGCCGUAAGGGUGAGCGCCGUCGUAAGGCGUGCCGUGGUUGCAUCGUCUCCCAAGACAUCGCUGUUUUGAACUUGCUCAUCGUCAAGCAAGGCGACGCCGAGGUUCCGGGUUUGACGGAUACCGAAGUCGCGCGCUUGCGUGGUCCGAAGCGUGCGAGCAAGAUUCGCAAGCUCUUCGCGUUAACGAAGGAAGACGACGUUCGUCAGUACGUGAACACGUACCGCCGUGAGUUUGAAUCCGCGACUGGCAAGAAGAAGUCCAAGGCGCCGAAGAUUCAACGUCUCGUCACCCCGCUCGUCAUCAAGCGCAAGCACGCGCGCGCGGCGGCGAAGAAAGUUAAGCAAGCCAAGUCCAAGGCGGAAGCCGCGGAAUACCACAAGGUCCUUGCCCUCCGCAUCCGAGAACAACGCGAGCGCAGAAGCGAAUCCCUCGCCAAGCGCCGUGCG